AAUCUAGGUUCUUGAAAAUCUGCCAAACCAAAAUCCGUGUAAAAAACACAUUUUCAAUUUGAGCCUAGGGUAGUAUGGUACUAAAAGAGGGGGUAUAAUCAAUGGCCGCCAUGUUUGUUGACUCGAGAUUAUUUGGAAAUGUAGAGAUAAGAGAUAACAGCAAGUUAGUGUCCCGAUAUAGUCCCGAUCCCCUUGGAAAUUUCAAAAAUGCUGCAUCUUUUUUGACAAAAUGCGAAUUAAUUUGUAAUUUUCCGUUGUUAAUUGAACGCUUUUUCUUCUCAAAAUUAACAUCACAUCCGCCAUGUCUUUUGAAGCUGCUACCGAGCCCAACGCCGAACAGAUGAUGAACGCUGCAAAUUCCAAACGCCGAAGCAGUUCGAGAUUCAUUAAACGAAGAAAAUUUGACGAUGAACUUGUAGAGUCGAGUUUGAAUACACCCGUUUCCAAUCUCAUGUGUAGGCCUGCCAGAAUGAGAACUCAUUCGACAAAUAACUCGUGCGGAGAUGGUACUCCAACACCCACCGAAAUCAUUUCUUUUGAACCGUUCCCUCAAACUGAACCUCCUCGCGGACGUAAACAACCCGUGAAAUCAAUGCAACCCGCUAGCACUCCCGGUACUAUUGGAGGAUCGAGCAGAAAACGUAAAAUAAAUAGACACGGUUUGGCCUCAAAUUACAAAGAUUUGGGUAGAUGGAAACCGGUCGAUGAUCUUUUACUCGUACAAGCUGUGCUACAAACUAGUGAUUUGAAGGCUGUUUACCAAGGUGUUAAGUUCUCUUGUAAAUUCACGUUCAAUGAAAUAGCUCAACGUUGGUAUGCUCUAAUGUACGAUCGCGCUAUAUCAAAACUUGCUCUGCAAGCGAUAAGCAAUCUGCAAUCGGAAGUUAUUUCACAUGUUGAAUCACAUUGUCUUUAUUCGGAAGUUGAAGAAGAACUUCUAGCUACCAUAAAGUCAACUACCGAUUCAAGAUCGUUAGAAUUCGAAGAACUAUUACUCAAAAAUCGACACGUUUUUCAUCGUGGUAGAACGCCCAAAUCUCUGUAUGUGCAUUGGUGUAUGAUGAAGCAACACAACCUGUUAUCAGAUCAAAUUGGGUCCGAAAAACCUAUUUCAGUUCCUCCAAUGGCGAGUACAGAAGAACGCAAUAAUUCGUUACUGAAUUCCUUCGGUACCGUGCCAGAUACUCCUUUACCAAGAAGUGAGAAUAUACCAACGUUCGCUGAAUGUGAAGAGUUUCUAAAUGAUUCAGAACUACUGGGUGAAGUGAAAGAUCCUGCGUUAGAUAAACAGUUAGCCUUAAUGGAUAGAAUUUCUAAAAAAGAUAUCAGAAUGUUAGAAGACGAGCUAAGUCAAAUUCAGCUUGCAUCUGCUUCUAUACCGGGAGCGAAUUCUAUCGAAUUUGAUAACGAAACAUUGGCAGUUCUACGAGGCCGGUGUGUUCGUUAUCUGAUGCGUUCGAAAGAAAUCACUCUUGGUCGUAAAACGCAAGAUAAUCAAGUCGACGUUGAUUUAUCGCUCGAAGGACCAGCGUGGAAGAUAUCUCGACGACAGGCUACCAUCAGAGUGAAGAAUAAUGGCGAGUUUUACAUUUCUAGCGAAGGAAAACGACCCAUAUAUGUCGACGGUAACCCUAUUUUAACCGGAAAUAAACGAGUCAUUAGUAAUAAUUCUGUGCUCGAGAUCGCCGGACUCAGGUUUAUAUUUCUCGUCAAUUACGAAUUUCUCAAUAUCGUUGUUCGGGAAACGGCUAAAAUGUCUUCCCAUACGUAGCUGUUCUGUAUUUUUCGCUGAAUAAUGUGAUAACGUAAAGCAAGGUGUUGGCGAUACUUUCGGUAUACAUAUAAAGUGGACGAUUUUAUUUUUCAUCUCAUGUAACUUAUUUUGUAGUAAUUGUGAUGUUGGUUUUACAUUAAAUGCGUUAUUCUUUA